CUGUUUACUUCGGACGCUUGUGAUGGAUGAAACUUGCCAAACAAAUAGACUCUGGUGGUAUUGCUGAGUUUUUUAAGCUAGGAAGAUGUCAAGUACUCCACAACUCACGAUAGAAGACAUCAAAAAGCGUUCUGGACGGGAGAACUUGUCUGAAAUCCGACAGCUCGAUUUAUCUGGUCUUGGUUUGACUUGCAUCCCAAAUGAGCUGCUUCAACAGUUACCAAAUCUUGCAGAGCUCAAUCUGUCAAAAAACAAACUAUCAGAUGUUAACAGUGAAAAAGCUUUUCCAAAACUCAAAGUUUUAAGUGCGGCCAGCAACCAGCUUAGUAAUGUGGAUGGACUGACAGCAUUUCCUAACCUGAUUAGUUUGGAUGUCACUAGCAAUCCAACCCUUGAGGUCUCAGACAAAUACAAACUGGUGUCUAUCUGCCCUUUGUUAAAAACUCUGGAUGGGAAAGAUAUCAGUCUGAUGAGGGAUGCGGUAAAUAGAUUGGAUUCUACUAUGACACAAAAGAUAGCUGACAUUUGGAGUGAGAAAUUCAACACAAAGUACAAUCAGUUAGAUGAAGAUAAAAGAACUGAACUUGAAAAUGAGUUUAUUGAAAAGCUCAAGUCUGAAGUUACUUGUGGCCCUGCAAUGCUGAAGAACUACAGGGAAUACAAGCUCACAGUUUUAGGAAAGCUCUAUUUCAAGAAAAUUAAGGGUGAGGAAAAGAUCAGUGAAGAACCACCUAAUAAAAAACAGAAAACCAGUCAAGUUAACGGUCAAGCUGAAGUUGCAAAUGAUGCACGAGACAAACCAAAGAAAUCAAAAACAGCAGAAGGGAAAGUGACUAAAAAGAAACAAAGAACACACAAGAGAGAAAUCAAGGCUGAGAACAGCAGUCCUGCUUAUUGUCAGUUUGCUGUGUCUCAUUUACUUCAAACACAUUCACUAAACAACGAUCCCACAGACAGAAAGACUCAAGUGUGGGGUUGUGAAUUUGAACCAGAUCCUGAGAGAGAAGGUCACACAACCACAACUUGUGCCACAUGUGGAGGAGAUUCUGUUUGCUUUGUGGACUGCAGCACUGGACGCGUCAUGAAAAAAUACAAACAACCUGGAGAAACAUUUUACUGCGUAGCAUGGACUACAGUUUAUUUAGACUAUGAUUCAGAAAAGAAACGAAAAGGCAACCUUAUUGCUGCAGGAGGUUUACAAAAUGACAUUAAAAUAAUAGAACCUAAUCAGCUAGUAUGCUUUGAAGAAAUUCAGGGACACAAAGGAGUUCUAGAGUGUCUUGUUUUUCACCCUCAUCAUCCCACGUGGUUGCUAAGUGCUGCUGACGAUAACACUAUUAUGGUGUGGGAAAUAGGUCUGCCUAAAGCAGCCGAGUACCAGGGAAAAUCACAACUCCUGCUGACAUUGAAAUCUCGUUCAAUAGUGCGAUUAUUUUCAAUUCCUCCGCAUGGCAAAGUAGUUGUUGGAGGAUGUGACGAUGGCUGUUAUGUCUGGAAUCUAUUUGAUAGUGAAACUGAUAAAGGAGAUAAAAAGGAUAAAACAAAGACAUAUUUUGGAAAGUUAGAUUUUCCUGGUAAAAAGACAAUUCCUUUAGACAGUAUUGUGUGCUUGACAAACAAUAUGAUCGCUACUAAACGAGUUGAAGAAGGUUGCAUUCAUAUUUGGCACUCAGAGUCAGAAAUGAUGAAGAAUGACUUCAGAGUGGCUCACAAGCUGCCAUGGAGACUCACUGAAGUACCUUUCUUGAAAUUCAGCUUUGUACCAGCAUGCUCAGUGAUGUUGGCUGGAGAUGAUGUAGGAUCUGUUUGGUUGUACGAUGUUGCAUCAAAUGUGUUGGCAACAAAGAGUGAAGAUGUAAAACAAACACAGGUAAGGAGUAUUGCAUGAUUUCUAUGUAGUAUUUCAAGAU